AUGCUGCGGGCGGGGACGACAGGAGCUUCAGCUGCGGCUCUGGAGAGCAGGCAUACGACCUGCCCGUCACCUGCUACCUUCGCCGUCGACUCUAUCCUCGCGUUCGUCGACGGGUCCAUCGCCAUUGUUGCCUUUUCCCAGGUGGUUAUCCCCAUGUUCGGCCCUAUUAUUCUGAUCGCUGAAUGGGCUGCGAAAUUUUGGCGUCGAGUAAAUCUUCUGGCGCACGCUCUGUCGGAUCUGAUCGAAUGCAUCACGCGUGAUAUCACUUUUCGUGGAACUAUUUCAUUGACCCUCGUGACGAUGACGCUAUUUCUUGAGGUUACUCGUUUGUGGGUGUCUGUAUCCGAAAAUUCGCCCUAAUGGAGAUGCAUCUUCUCAUCAAUCAAAUUCUGAUUUCUGUGUAUUUCUAAGAAGACGAGUCCAACGAGGCUUCUUCGUGGGAGUAAUGUAGACAAUCCGACGGCCUAAUGAGCACAUCAUAUAUGUAGGGGUGUUUAUGGCAUGAUCUUGUUUUCCUUGAGCUCUUCAACUUGUCCUGGUAACGAGCAUCGGGAUUUGGUGCGAAAUUUUGCUUAGAUUUAUUUCAGGUGUAGUGAUGGAUUCGGUGGCCUGAAGUGCAUUGCAAGUUCUCAGCAGAGAAAUAUCCACAGCAGAUUUACCAAGCCACCUCAGGGUUGCAUUCCAUUUAAACUUAUGAACAGUGAAAUAUUGAGCAGAAUCGUUCUAUAUCUUUGUCUAGUAUCGAUUAUGCCUUGCAAAUGAGUUCUCAGCUGUUUCUCUCUUCCAUUUAGGUGGGUAAUGUGAAAAGCCCAAGUUUUGAACCUCAACCAAGUGUCAUUAAAUGUCUUUCAGUUGGCAAACAGAAAAAAAGAGAGGACCAUAGCAUGUAGAAUGGAUCACUAUUAAAAGGCUGCGCCAGGGAAAGAAGCAAGGUUAUUUGUUCAUCACUUUUAGAUCUUUCAGACAGCAAUGCAAGUUGUAAUUGAGAAGAAUGCGAUGAAAAUUUUAAUCUCAGGAUGGAUGAAUCAGUCGUUUUCUGUGAAAUCUAAAUUUUGGAUGUAAAAUUUGCUAUGAUUGAAAGGAAUCUUUGCGAUAUAUUUUCAAAUAAACAGGGAAUUUACUUGGAAGUGCUAGCUGGUGUUUAUUCAUUACUAGGAAAAUACACAGACUGACUGGUUAAUUAAAAUGGUUUCUCUUUAGAAAACCUUCUUGAUGUCAAGGAGCAAUGCUUGGCCUGUAAUCACUAUGUUUAUAGGUCUUGGGAAAUGGAAGUCGUUAAUGCAUUUUGAUUCAAUUAAUUUUUUUUGAUGCUCUUGUGGAAAAUUAUGGCUAUGGUAGCACAAAUUUGAUGCUGGAGAUUUGUGUAAUUCGAAUCAAUAUUCAUGCCCAAUUUAUGUCACAUGUAGUUACUAGAGAUUUGUUCACUUUUUCUGUUUCUAGGAAUUAGUCGUACGCACAUUACUUUUUAAAAUGAUGCUCCUAGCACUAGUGGCAUUUCAUUGCAUGAAAAGAAAACCUGCAUUAUGAUGUACAUGAAAUUUUAGAGGGCUACUUUCACAUUUGUAUGAUUUAUUGGAUCUUAUUUCUAGAUAGUUUUAUGUUUUGUUCUUUAUCAUCUCCUGUUUCUAUUUCAGAAUAGGGUAAAUCCUUUCUUUUGCCCUUGGGUGCUUAUAUUUUAGAUGCACUGAGAAAUUUGUUUAGUUUCUUUUCUUCGAAGAUCACUAACAUAUCCAUUCAUUUCAGUUAUUGAGAAUACAUUUAUGCAAUCGACAACUUGGCUGGACUCGCCAAAAGGUAAGGAUGAUAAUAUGUUGGAGUAUGUUGUAUUUAAAUGGGAGUAUAAUAAUAUUGGAUACUUUUCUUGCUAGCAUUUAGUUCUGUGACAAUUUCUAUUAUACUUUUACAGUUAGCUGACGUUUAUAUCUACAGUAUCUACAGUCAAAUUCUGAUUACCAUCAGCAACGUCAGUGUCUAAAAUAUUAUAUAAUGAUUGUUUGAUAGUAGAAAACCAUAGUUCUUUGAUAACAUUCCGAUAUACAUUUGUAAAUUUGUACAUGUAUAGAUAUAUCUAUAGAUAACUAUAUAGAUAUUCCGUUUUAAUGCCAAUGUGGAUAUCCUAUGUGGUGAUAUGAGUGACUGUUAUGCAGUGAUCACUGAAAAGUAUUUUAUUUAUACUGAGUACUUUUUGGUUGAUUGAUAUUUGAAACAAGAGAAGCGUAGGGACUUAAUACUCAGGUUCUAUUUCAUGGUGAACUUAAUUAUAAUUAUGAAAAGUGCAUCUAAUAAACACUUGAAUCAUGUCAACUUUUUAUGUGAUGAACUCCAUGGAUUUGAUGGAAAAGAAGCCAUGUUUGGUGGAAAAUAGGAAAACUAUGCUUCUAUCAACUUUGGACAACAUGACAUGCACAAAUCCUCUUGCUUGUUGAUCUUCCACUGUUAUGUGUAACACAACGGCAUUUAAAGAUGAUCUUUUAUGAUGAACAUUGGUGAUCAACUGAGGUAUGGUUCACUGUACUUCUCAAACGGGAAAGAGAAAAUGAGAUUGAAGAUUUGAAUUAUGAACUACUUUCAAAGUGAGGGUGAUGUAACCAUUGGAAUGUUACCAUCUAUUAUGCAUAUGAAAGUUAACAUAGCAAACUGCCAGUUAGAGUCAUAAAACGUCAUGUUGUUUGCAUGACCAGUGACAUUUGUGAGGCAGUGAUUCUUGUGUCUAACGCGGUUUAGCAUUGUCCUAAACGUAAUCCUUGAACAUAUGUGGAAGAAGGCAUACAGAUUUCAAAAAACACGUAAUGCUUCUAUCAGCUAUAGCUCAAAUCAGUGAUUAAAAUUUCAGCUACUCUUGUUGCUUAAAAUGAUAUUGGUCGGUAUUAAAGAAUGUUAAGCUUGUGGAAUACAAUCAAUAGGGUUUUGGAAUUAGGUGGUAAUGAAGCUCAUGCGGUAUAGUGGUAUAAUGUUGAAAGGCAUUGAAGCAAUAUGAAAUUUGAAACAUUUCUGUCUUUGGUUAAAGAAGAUAGAGAGCCAGAUAUAGAUGCAUCUAUCUUAAAAUAGUAAAAGCCCUCAAUUUUUGUUUGCAUCCUAAAACCAUGGAAUAUGGGAGGCUUGAAGUGAAAAAUAUAUGCGUGAUACAUUUCUUGCACCUGAGCUUCAUAAUAAACUCUUUUAGGAUGGUAUGUUCUUUAACCAGCAUCAUAUUUUCCUGACUGCAGAUAUUUCAUCUGAUGAUUGGCUCAUCCAACAUAGGUAUGGUGCUUUUUUGAUGGAAUAGGUGGAUCUUGGCUUUUUAACUUAGAGCCUGGGGUUAACUAGUUCCUUUUUUUUCGUAUUUUUAACUUGUAUUAAUUUAAAUACACUGUGCCAAAGUAGAAAGGAAAUAAUAAUAUUAUGAAUCGAUUCUUUAGUAUCACUUGUUAAUUGCAUUGAAAUUACAGAAAAUCGUUAUUGGAACCCUUCUGUAUUGAACACUUUCUCUGUGAAAAGAGAUUUCGAGCAUGCUAAUGAAUGGCAUCUUUGCCUCGAAUAAACUUCUUUCUAUCUUUGGUUUGUCUACUAAUUUUUUCUCAAAGAAUCAGACUAGUUACUUGUCAUGAUUGGCCCUAAUAGAAAAUGAAUUGCUUGUAUUUCACCUCUCAGCUGAUUAAUGCUCUCUCCUUACAUGUGCUACAUGCAUAUUGCCCCAUUCUUUAGCCCAUGGAUCUUUUUGCCUCCGUUUUUUCUUUCCUUUAGUAGAUUUUGGGGCACAUCAGAUUAUGUGUGAGGGCAAGUCAUGAAAGAUUAUAGUGAAGCUCUAAUGCCAAGGAUCAAGUGGGGUUGAGGAAUGGACCUGAUACAAUGAUAUAAUCAACAUUGGCUUUAUAGGCUGAUGUUGAUGAACGCUACUCUGAAGUUGAUGGGAGGAGCUGCUUGUUUAACAGCUGGACGAAGGAUAUACUUGAUGAAUAUCUUAUUGAAUUAGUUAGUAUUGGAGAUUUUUUUUGCAGACAGGACACGUUGGUUCAGAAAAUAUAGGACACUAAUAUUCUGAUGAAAAAAACUGUGCAGUCCUAAACAUGGAAGGGAAUACUUAUUUGCUAUUUGGGAAGUGAAGUUAUGGAUAAUAGAAGCAUUACAUUAUGGUUACUAGAUGGCCGAUUAUCAACAUGCACUCUUUUGUGUAUUGAACCUUGACUCUAAGAUGCUGAAUGGGCUGCCCAUUACCAGGUUCAUUUGAAGAUUUAUUUAUGUUUGAAUGUCGGGACCAAUUUCACUUAUAUUUUCCCAUUUAUUGUGUGCGGUUGUCAUUUGAAGGGAAAAAAUCUUAGAGAAAAGUGCGAUCUUCUUAUUGAUCUACAAACAUCGAUUGGAAGCUGGUAAUUAACUUAUACGGAGGCAAUGUUGAAUAAAUAGUUUCUGUUGCUUUGAAAAUAUCUUCUGUAUUGAAUGUGAUGAUGGUGGCGAGUUGUAAGAGAUUGAUGAGACAAAGGAGUUUUCUUCCAAAGGUGUUUUUCUUUGAAAAUAUAUUCUGUAUUGAAUGUGAUAAUGAUGAACAAAGUCGAUGUCUUUUGUUUAAACAGAAACAGUUUGAGACAUUGUGAAAUGAAGUCAGACCAACGUGAGACUUUCUGCUCUGAAUCAGGGUAUUCUAGUAGAGGUGGUCACCUGUUGCUUUGUAUCCUAAGAUACAAACCUGGAUUAUCAAGAAGGAUAAGAUGAAAAGAUCAUCUAAACCGUCACUGGCUGUUGAUGAUGAAAAAUGCAAAGAAUGAAGCCUGUAAUAGAGCAAGCCCUUUGUAAGAGGUUUUUCUAUUGUUGAAAUGACUGGCUUCUUCAGUUAAGCUGGUUCAUGAUGGAGAUUGAUAACAUUGACUCCCAAAUUCACGACAGUUAAGUCUUAAAGUUAUUGAUCAAUAUCAUAAUGGGCGGAGUUCUUGUGCAUGUUGUUAACCUGUGUAAUACAAGUGAUUUUAUCAAAUGAAUGGCGAGCUAAUUGAUUCCUAUAGAUUUUGUCAAGCUAAUUGAUAGGGAAGUGCUUACUGAAGUGUUGUGAUAAACCUCCAUGGUCAAGUAAUUGGUGGGGUAACUAACUUGAGGCUAAAAGAGCUACAGGAGAACAAGGAUGCAUAAGAAACGUGUGACUAGGAGCAAAAUGAUUGCAAGCUCAACUUUGAGUUAGCUGUUCAUUCCAAGGGCGACAGUUUCAACUUCAAUGAUCAGUGUUUGGUUCAGAAGAUUGAUUUAGCCUCACCUUGUCCUGUUAUUUCGGACAAGGUUUUAUUUUUGAGCAUUUGUUGUCAAUCACCUUGACAUACUGGUGUUGUUGUCAGUCAAAAAAUAUUGGGAUGAUGAACAAGCAUUGCCAGGUGUUCUGUGUGGCAUUUCAUCUUUCACCGAGAAAGAUGUAAGGUAGAGUUAAAUGACUACAAUAAAUGACUAAUGAUACUUCCAUAGUCCAAUUUAUUAUUUUUUGUUUUAGGUUUCCUUCUAGAUUGUUUUCCACGCAUUGGAUUGGCCUUGGAUGAGAUGACCUAUCCCAGGCUGAAUUGGAAUCAAAGUUGGCUGAGCUGGGAUCCGAUCUCCAACUAUGUAAAAUCUUCCUACAACACAUUUCAUGUGCAGGGAAGAUUUGAAGUGGGCGUUUGAAUCUGGAUUAUCUUGAUAACUUUGUUUAUUAGUGGGGUUUUGUCUCUUAAGUGGCACGACUUCCUCUAGAGUUUACAGAUACAGAGAGUUUGGUACUAUCUCAAAUUUUCUUAAAUUUGAUAGAGUUUGGUACAGAUACUGAUACAGAUCUGAUAGUGUUUGGUACUAUCAAGCCUCCUUAAAUUUUAGAUGGUCAAGUACUCAUGUCAAUUUGAUUUUGGAUCCUUUAUUUCGUUGGACUGGACUGCCAGCAGAUAAAAACUGUCUUAUAAUCAUUCUACUUAGCUGAUUUAAGUUAGCGCAUUGAUCUCCAAUCAGAUUCACAGGUGAAGGUAGAUGUCAUCCAUUGAAAGUUAAAAAUAGUAGAAUUUUGCUGGACAGAGGCGUGAGACACAGGCACAUGGUGCACAGCAGGUAACGGAUGGGCCUAGAGACCUCACUGGUGGGUUCCACCUUGGGAACUCCGGAAUCACUUUGAUCUUCUGACUUUGAAUUAGAGGAAGAAAUGAGGACAGAAUGAUAGCUUUAGGCUGUGUUGACGAGAUGUACUUAAUAACAUGUAUACCUUACAUGUUUACAUAUAUGUCCUCCUAUACCUUUCAUUUUGUAUUACAUUAGUAUGCCUAGAACCUUCUAAGGAUCUGGUAUAAAUACUGGAUCCCUCUCUCCUCGUAAUUUUUUUUUCUUGAUCAAUAAAUUUUUUACUUCUUCCACGAGUGUUGGGCGCCUAUUAGAGCUCCAGACCGUGUGAUAUCUUGACUACAUGGUACCAGAGCCAUUCUAGGGUUUUAAAGUCUGGUUUUCAGCACCGUCACAGUUGACGUUGCUUUGUCGACAUUCUCUCCAUCGUCUGCUGGAGUUACUGGCACUGUACACUUCCGGCAAGGGAUCUUCUCCUUCACUGUGUCUCUUCCAGAGCGAAUCCAGGUGUGAUUGCUCCAUUUUUUUCUUUCGCACUGAUCUACGGUUCUGUUACAGUUCUUGCACUGUUUUUCUUGUCUCUAUUGAGAUCUGUUCACGAAAUUUGAUAUUUUUGGGAAUUUGGACAUCUUUAAAUGGAGAAUGUGGGAGACAAUUCUUCAUUAUCUGUCGAGGAUCCAACCUCCACAAGGGAAGUUAAUCUUGGUCCAAGUGGCCCAAGAUUACUUGUAGAACUUUGUGCAAUGCCUGUAGAGUUCAAAUUGACUGGAUACAAUUUAAUUCAAUGGUUAGAAUGUUUUCUAGAGGUCUUGACUGGAAGAGGAAUGUUACAUCAUCUGAUUGAAGGGAAACCGGAUCCAUUGUCUUGAGCAUUUCAUAGAUGGAGAGAAGAAGAUGCAUUAAUCAGAACCUGGUUUUGAGGAACAAUGAUUCCUUUCUUUCUAUCUACAGUCAAAGAUUUGUGGGAAACAGUUCACACGAAAUUCUCACAAAGAAACAAUGACGUACAUUUAUAUGAACUUGAGACAAAAUCUAUGUCCACAAUUCAAGGGAAUAAAUCUGUAAUGGAAUAUGCAGGAGAAUUAAAAAAUUUAUGGCAGGAAAUCGAUUAUUAUAUCAGUAUUGAUAUAAAAAAACCUGCAGAAAUUGUUGUCCGAUGACAGUUUAUAAAAUGAAGAAGAGUUUUUAAAUUUUUGACUGGUACUUAAUUCUGAUUUUGAUCAAGUCAGACAACAGAUUUUGAGUCAUGAAAGGAAAUGAGAUUUGGAUGAAGCUAUUUCAAUCAUUUUGAAUGAUGAAAGUCAUCAGAAAUUAAUAUUGUCAGUGCGUGAAAUUGACAAUACUGCAUUUAUGAUUAGACAAGGAGAAAUUAUGAAGAAAGCCUGUCACACUGUGGUAUACAUAUUGCAAGAAAGUUUGUCACGCUAGAGACAUAAGUGAUAAACUACAUGGUAAACCACGAUUUUGGUACUGAAAAAUAUGACAGUCAAGCACAUUUGGUAAUAAGAUUACUGACUAGUUAGCUCUCAAUUCCCAAAUCAAUCAAUAUUCCUCUUCUCCUCAGAUUGAGGAUAUAAAGCGACUUUGAAUUGAGUUAGAAGAACUGAAGUCGACAGUGACAUGGUUCUCAUCAAUUCAGCUUGGUAUGUUUCACCACUCUCUUGGAGUUAAGAGUCUCUUCUAGAGAUAUUUCUAAUAAUUAGAUAGUGGACUCAGGAGCAACAGACCACAUGACUAACUUCUAUAGCCUUUUUACCAAAUACAACCCCUGACCUAGUGACAAAAAGUGACUACUGCAGAUGAAUCUUUUCUAACCAUCAUAGGUAUAUGAGACAUUAGACUUGAACCUCUUAGGUUCUUACUAAUGUUUUUCAUGUCCCUAAGUUAUUUACAAACCUCAUUUUAGUUAAAAAACUUGUUAGAGAGAGACUCACCUUAUUGUAUAUUUUUGAUGAGGAUGUCUAUGUCAUAUUUGAUAAGGUACACUAUCAGAGAAUUGGAGUUACUAACGAGUGUGAAGGUUUCUAUCUGCUAAAAAGAUUGAGCCAAACAUAUAUAGUUAAAGUGGAUCAAUCUCUAGAACUUCUAGGAGAUGUCAUUAAGAUACGGUUACUUCACCAACAGAUAGGUCAUCCAUCUUUUAGCACUUUGAAAAUAGUUUUUCCUACUUUAUUUCGAAAGGUGUCAUUGGACACUCUUAAAUAUAAUGUGUGUGAACUUUCUAAACACACAUACUUCAUUUUAAUCUUAAGGAGAAAUGAGUGAUGUUUCUUUCUUCCUAAUUCAUAGUGACGUUUGGGGACCAUGUCCCAUUAAUAACAUUCAUGGUAGUAAGUGAUUUACCACUUUCAUUGAUGAUUGUACAAGAUGUAUGUGGGUCUUCCUUCUAAAAAAAUCCGAUGUGUGUGAUGUUCUGAAUUUUUUUUGUGCCAUAAUAAAACAUCAGUUUGACACUGGUAUUAAAAAAUUCAGAUUUGAUAAUGCUAAAGAGUAUUUUAGCCAAAAUAUGGAUAUAUACUUCCAAAUAGAGGGCAUUAUAUAUGAAUCUUCCCACGUCUAUACUCUACAGCAUAAUGGUUCAUCUGAAAGAAAAAAUCGUCAUUUUUUAGAAGUCACUUGAUCAGUUUUAUUUCAACAUCAUAUACCUAAAGUUUUUUGGGGGAGGUUGCUCUAACAAUCAUAUACCUCAUCAACUGAUUACUAUUUAGAAACUUAGGUUUCCACAGCCUGUUAGAUUCAUUAGCUGCGUUUUUCUUAGACCAUCAACUUAAAACUAGGCUAGAACCUAAGACAUCUGGUUGUCUCUUUUGUUCAUGUUCAUAAUUAAACCAAAGGCAAACUUGAACCAAGAUCGCUUAAAUGUGUAUUUCUUGGUUAUGUUACCAAUCACAAGGGGUACAAAUGUUACCACCCUUCUAGAAUUUUUUUUAUUUCAUUGGAUGUUACAUUUCAUGAAUCUGAUUCUUAUUUUAAAGAAUCUCCAUCUAGUUAUCAACAUCUAUUUUCUACAGCUCAUAUGGAUCAACAUGUAGAUUCUUCACUCUCGUCUUCAGCUGGUAACUUGUUCAUUCCCAUUUCAGUCCUUGAAAUACCCAGUCUUAUAUUGAAUCUGCUUCUUGAAAGCCUAAGGUUUGGCAAGGUUUAUUCUAGGCGAAGGAAAAUUCAUGAUUCACCAAAAAUCCAAGAUUCUAAUUUGGCCUUAAAAAAUAUACAGCCAUUAACAUCUACCUCAUCUAAUGAUCCUGCAGUCCUACCUCAUGAUUCACUUCCCAUCGCUCUAUGCAAACAUAUAAGAGAGUGUACAAAAAAACCCUUGUACCCAGCUGUCAAUUUCCUAUCUUAUCACAAACUUUCUCCACCCUAUCAAUCAUUCCUUGCAUCCUUAGACAUGACUACCAUUUCAAAAAUCUCUAUGAGGUUCUAUCCAAUCAUGAGUGGACACAAGCCAUGGAUAUUGAGAUGAGAGCUUUUGCGAAAAAUCAGACAUGGGAUCGAGUGGAAUUACCAUGAGAUAAGAAGACUAUUGGUUGCAAAUGAGUGUGCACAAUGAAAUAUAAAUCAGAUGGUUUGAUUGAGAGGUAUAAAGCCUGGCUGGGGACUAAGGGUUAUACACAAUUAUAUGGAAUAGAUUAUCAGGAGACUUUUGCGCCAGUCGCCAAAAUGAAUACAGUCUGGUUUUUACUAUCCUUGGUAGCGAUUUUCAGCUGGAAUAUUCAACAAUUUGAUGUUAAAAAUGCAUUCUUGCAUGAUGAUUUGGUUGAAGAGGUCUACAUGACUCUCCCACCAGGAUAUGAGGGUAAUCUUGUUUGUAAGUUAAAGAAAUCUUUUUAUGGCCUCAAACAGUCUCCACAUGCAUGAAUUACAGCCGGCAUGAAAAAAGUAAAUUACAACCAAAGCAAUGCUGAUCACACACUAUUUUUUAAACACUCUUCUUCAAGGGAAAUUAUGGUUCUAUUGAUUUAUGUUGAUGAUAUUAUCAUCACAGGAAAUGAUGAAGGGGAGAUCCAUAACUUGAGCGAUUGUUUGGCCCAAGAGUUUGAUACUAAGACUUUAGGACGACUCAAAUAUUUUUUAGGAAUUGAAGUGGCACAUUCUUCUAGAGGCAUUUUUAUUUCUCAACGAAAGUACAUAACAGAUUUGUUAGCUGAAACAUGAAAAUCUGCAUGUAGACCAGCCAGUACCUAUUGACCCAAACCUGAAAUUGUGUAUGGCAGGUGAAGAAAUUUCUAUUGACCCGUGAGAUUUAUUAAUGUCUCAUUGGCUGACUACUUUGUCUAAUACAACACUCGAGGAGAUAUCUCAUGUGCAGUGAGUAUAUUGAGCCAAUUUAUACAUCAACCUAAAGAGUCUCAUUUACAUGCUGCCUACAGAGUGCUACAUCAUUUGAAACGCACACCAGGAAAAUGGGUUCUUAUUAAACGAAGUGGAAAGGUAGAGGUUGAGAUGUUUACAGAUGCUGACUAUGCAGGCUCAACGAUUGAUCAAAGGUCAACCUCUGAUCAUCUUACUUUUGUUAGUGGCAACCUUGUCACCUGGAGGAGCAAAAAACAGAAUGUAGUUGCUCAAUUAAGUGCUGAGGCUGAACUCAGGGCACUUGCCCAAGGAAUAUGUGAGUUACUUUCAGUCAAGAACUUACUUGAUGUGCUAAAAAUUCCUUUAUCUAGUCCUAUGAAGAUUUAUUGUGACAAUAAGUCAGCAAUCAAUCUAGUGCACAACCUAGUACAGCAUGACUGUACCAAACAUGUGGAGAUUGAUCACCAUUUCAUCAGAGAAAAACUUGAGGCAAAUGUGAUUUUUAUAUUGUACAUUUCAACAAAUAAUCAGUUGGCAGACAUACUAAAGGCAUCUCGGGUACACAACUGCAGAAGAUUAUUCCUAAGCUGGGAAUGGAUGACAUCCACUCAUAAGCUUGAGGGAGUGUUGUCGAGAUGUAGUUAAUAACAUGUAUACCUUACAUGUUUACAUAUAUGUCCUCCUGUACCUUUCAUUUCGUGUUCAUUUCGUGUUACUUCUUCCACGAGUGCUGGGCGUCUAUCAGAGCUCCAGACCAUGUGUUAUCUCGACUACAGGCUGUAGAUGCAUGAGAGGAAAAGGGAGGUAUUAGAGGGCUGUAUCAAGAACAGAGAAAAGAGAAGUGUAGCAGAGAAGGAAAAUAAAUGUUCUAGAUUGCAUGACGUGGCUGGCAUGCUUUGAGAUUUCAGUAUUCCUUCCCACCUCCUCCCCCUCAACAGGUCUUGAGAAAAUUCUUACGUUAAAAAAAACCAGAUUGGUAAAUUUUGAUUGGAAAUAAUGUAAAUUGUACCCGUAAACCUUUUUCUAUGUUUCAAGAUUUUUCAGUAGUCUGUCCUUAGAUAGGCUGAUUUGGCUAAUCCAGUCUCUACUGGAGAUAAGGCCCCUUCCCUUGUAUACAGUGUUUCCUUUUUCUUUUUUUUUAAUUCGUUGGAGAGCAUAUUCACUUUACAAUGAUAAACCAGAAAAGAGGCAUCUGAUUAUUUGAUGAGUUAUGUUUGGUUCUUCUUUGCUGAUCCUUUUAUAUCUUCAUCUUGAUUAUUGUAAGGUUAACAAAAGUGCUAAUACCCAGUUCGUUAAAAGAAGGAAAAGGGUGGCACUAAAAUCUCGGGAACAGUUUCUCAUAUAUUGUCUUCUGAUCAAGUUAAUAUAGGAAUAACUUCCUGCUGGUCAUACGCGGUUCCAUUAGAGAAUCGCUCCAACAUUCAAGCUACAGUCGCUAAAAUAAGUAAUGUUAGAGCUGCAUAUUUUUAUUCAUCUUUUUCUUUGGUAUAAUUUUGGUAUGUAUUUGUCAGUAUUUUCUCUAAGGAUAAAAGAUGACUAUAAGCAGUGCUUAUUGCUAGAAAUUUCCACAUUGUAACUUUCAUGUUACUUGUGUUUAAUUGGAAGGAGGAUUAUGAUGAUUAUGUGCUAUUUUGUUGUCAGGUUUCCUACUAUAUUUCACAUCCACUCUUUUAGCUACAUGCAAUGGAUGGCCGUGUUGGUCUCAUGGAUGUGGUUUUAUCCUUAUAGGUAUGUACCUGGAGUUCUGUGAUCCUCUUCUAUUUCAGUUAUGUUUGCCAAAAGUAUAAUAUUAAAACGCAUCCUUACCAUACGUUUUUGUCUUGCAGCUUGUCCACAAAUUUUGUUUCUAGCAUCCUUCCUUUUGCUACUCUCAUUCUGGUAAUAAUUCAUCUGCUACUCAGUAUGAUGCAUGUUCCGGCAUAAACUUUAUAAUACUUUGCAUGCAUUUCUCAUGUAUUUAUGUCAGCUUGUUAUCUGAUUUCUUCGGCAAUUGCCUUUAUUUUCAUGUAUAUUUAGUUUGCCUACUAUUUCGUCUGUAAAUGUUUUUCAGAUGAGAUGGAAUAAGACAGAAUCUUGGCUGACUUAAUUGGAGCUAUCUUUUUAAAAUAAAGAAUCGUGAUUCUGAUGGAAGCGAAGAGAGUUUUCUAUUUCUAUAGUUAGUAACCAUAAUGGUUUUAGCUGUAAAAAAUUAACAUUUAUUCUGAAAGAAUAUACACUUGUUUUAAUAGGUGCAGGAACAUAAAUUAAUCGGUACUGAGCUAGGGAAAUAAUCCUGCAUAGCAGUCCAGUGAAAGUAAAUGGUGACAGUUUAUGGAUUAUCUCCUUUUCUUUUUGUGUGAUGGCUUUUAGUUGGGUAACUUUAUCUGAUGGAAUCUUGGACACAUUUGAUAAUGUAUCUGAUAUGGCGUUUAGUUGCGUUUUUAUAUUUUGAUUUAUGCUUUAUUUUGUCUGUAGCAUAAUUUGAUUAUAUGAUGUUAUCCUUCUUGAUUAACGCUUAUAUACCUUGAAAAAACUAGAGCCUUGUUGCCAGGACAGGGAAGAGAUUAUAUGAUGUUAUCCUUAUUGUUUUCAGUGUAGCAUCUUCGGAUUUGUUGAUAGCUAUAUAUGUCGGGUUGCCUAUCCUUCAUAAGUAGAAUUAUGAUGGGAUCCUAGGACAGCGGCACGAAACAGAGAGGAAUCAGUAGAGAUAACUCAGGAAAUAGAGGCGAAAAUCAGAACUGAAAUAGAGAAGAAAGGAAAUAGAGGAGGAUUUCCAGAGGAAACCCUAGAACAUGAUCGAGGGUGAGUUCGAGACUUCCCCCUCCCUGCUCUCCCACUGAUUUCUUCCAAAAGUGCCCCCAUAGUAACGACCCCUCAGGAUCCUUGUACCCAUCCCCUUAGUGGGCCCUUGGCCUAACUACCCUUGACCCUCCUGUAUCCUACCCUUCCCUUUUUGGCAUAAGUCGCCCAGAUAAUUAGCCUGGUAUUUGGCCCAGCAGUACCAGGUCUAACAAAUUAAUUCUUACUUGUGCUUGUAUGUUAGAUGCUUUGAGAUCAAGCAGUCUGAAGGUCUCUGAAGAUACAUAUAUGAUGAUAGAGGAAACUAUUUUAGUUGUCUGGUCGAGGAUCUUACUAGACCCUGAAGGUGCGUAUGUAAAGGAAAUGAGGAUUUUUCUUUUCUGAUUGCAAGAUGGGUGUACCUUUUUGGAAUUGGAAGGAUAGUAUGUUCCAGGUCUUUUUGUUUUUGUUUCGUUUUUGGGCUGGAGUAGCUUAGGCCUUUUUUGAGAGAAAUCGGUCCAAACUAAUUAUUCUACAUAAACUUUCUUAGAUUUAAGCAUUACAUGCAACAAUGCUGAAAAACUUUGGUUUGCAGUUAAAUAAAGUUCAUGCUUCCCCUUUUCAGUUUUUUAGCAAUUUUUUGCAGGGUGGACCUCUGUCAUCAGGCUAGUGAUGAAGAUGAUGAAGAAUAUGAUAGCUCCACUGAAGCUUUGUUGGAAAAGACAGAAAACGAAGCAGGUUCUUCACAUGUGGAUACACGACGCAGAUUUUGUUCAUUCUGUUCAAGUCAUAUUGGAAACCGUCAAAAGUUCGUAAUCCUGGUAUACGACAGAAGUGUUUAUUCGUUGAAAUUUGUGCUGAGCAUCUUCAUUGGAGAGCAUAAUUGGUGUUCUACUUAACGUUAGUUGUACUGUUGUUGUAGGUAAUUGUGCUGACAUUUCUUUUCAUGAUUGCAUUUGCAAUGCUUAUCUGGUUUGGGAAAGGCAAAAACCCUAUUGACUCCUCACUUAUGGCUAGGGUAAGAAGUUAUUUUCCAACAUGUGGUUAACACCUUUUUAUACUGCAAAUUGAAGGAUGAAGAAAGACGUAAUGUCAGUUUUUCUUUGAACCUUUGAGUUUCGUGUACCCAAUAAUUUUGUCAGUUUUCUAUGAUCCAAUUGUAUUACAUUUCGUAACAUAUUUUCCUGUGAACAUAUACGGUUUUAUAAAUCCUAGGAAGCAAUCAAUAUGGAACUCAGGUUCUGGCUUUGCUGGAAACUUUUGGUACAGAUCAUAAUAAAAGGCCAUAUGUUUCUGUGUUAAUUUGUGAAAUAGGUGAUGGUCUUUCUUCCCAUCUGAACUGUUCCCUCACGUACGUCUAUUUAUCAUUCAAGCAUAUGUCCAUUUUUGAUAUUUUCCGUUCUAUAAAGUUUGUUUAAUUCGCAUACACUUUCUUCUUAUUUGUGCAUCAUCUAUCUUAUUUCUGUUUCUGUUAUAAGUUUUUGUCUAGAUAUUUUAUGAUGCAACCAUGGCUGCUGUAUGAAUAUGAAUACAAGAAUCUAAUAAUGAAUGCCAAAUGCACCUUUAUGUUACGCCAGUUUUGCUGAAUGUGUCAUGCAUCAUAAAAUUUUUGAGUAGAAAAUCAUUACCUAAUAUUCGUAUGAAACCUUUUCUUGUAGAUGGUUUCUGUUCAAAUGGUUUUAAACUAUCUUUUAAUUAUUCCAAGCUCAUACUAUCUAUUAGACCAGAUUUCUUCCAGGUUAUAUCAGUGACCCUGAGUGUACUGAAUUCCAUAGUUGAUCAAGGGCUCUUUAAUCCGUGUCAAAAUAUGUUGGUUCGGUAGGAACUAGGUUUAGGUGAUUUUUGAGUUGUUAAAUGAUGUCCUUGAAUCCUCAAACAUUCAUCUGCAAUAUUGCGUUAUGAGUUAUUUAGCGUUUGUCAUAUGUAUUUGCUUUGACAUUUCAAUCUUAUCUAUUUGAUGUAUCAUUUCUGAGUUUGGUUGCUUUGUAACUUUCUUAUACAGGUCUAUCUAGAUAUCUUUUCCGUAGCAAUUUUUACACUAGGCGGGGCUUUGGCUUGCUAUGGUAAGGAAAGAUAUACUCACAAGGGUGUAAAAAGCACCUAAAUAUCCUUCAAUAAAUGAAACUUUCUGUAGAAAAAAAAAACUGCAUUUACCUCAAUAUCUCUUUUCUGUACUUUUGUUUUCAUGCAUCAUUAUUGCAACACUCCUGAAAUUGUCUAAAGCCUGACGGGUUCUAGCCUAAAAUCGUCUGAUCUUUGCUACUUUUGGGGGAAAAUUGUAGACGACCGAAACUAAUAUCCAGCUGACAGUAGGAGACGCCUUGCUUGAGAGGGCUUCUUAGAGGUUUCUUCUGAAGGUAGAAAAUCCACUAGUACAACAAAAUUCACAGUUACGUCAAGAAUUUAGUUCAAUGGCCAAGGGUAAUAUGCAACCAUUAAAUCCAUCGCAUAAAAUUGCAAAACUCGUAGAGUCUUCUAACCCAGGACCUUGGUCUUAGUGCAAUACCUCUGGUCAUUUGGUUGAGUUCAAUCCCUAUCAAAUUCAGGGAGAUAACUACUUUUUAAGUGUAUUAGAAGGAUUUUAUUGCAUAUGUUUUGGAUCAGAGUAUACCUGCAACAGAAGACUUAUAAUCAGAUUGUUAUUUUUUAAGAAAAGAGUUUCCUAGCCUAAUUUGAGAAAUAUAUUUUUAAUACAGAUUUUUUAAUAUUUUAGUGUUAAGCUUAAGAUUAUAACUAGAAUAGGCUCGGGUUCUAUGGAAAGAGUGUCCUGGCUUAAUGAGAACUCUCCUUUAGAAGCCCUGAUGGCAGUCAUCUAGGCUGAUUUCCCCACCAUGGAUGACUCUUCUACCAGGGUGUAUGUUCUUAAGCAACAUAAAUUUAGAAACACAUAAAUAGGGCGAUUUUUUGUUCUUGGAAGCCCUAAUGUAACAAUUCAUUACCUUAGCUUGUGAUGUUUUUAAAUUUCCAAAUCAACAGCUUGUUCCCAUGAAUUGCUAUCCAUUUAUUUUCUAGUUCUAUAAAUUUACUCUAUCAAAGACUACCUUUGAUAGUGAAUGAUAUACACAAUGAAUCUAUGCGGUUUUUGUUUUUCCCUUAGAUGUAAAGCAUUCUUCUUCUUGAAUUGUGUGGUAAUCUGUAUUUAAAUUUUGUUUAUAUCCCACAUAGGAGGACUACUUUUCUCAAAAAUGAGCAAAGUACGGUCUGAAAUGGCUUCAACAGAAAUGUGGAAGGUAUCUUUUUAUUAUCCUUGAUAAUGAUAUUUUCCAGUUAAAAAUUAAAUAUUUCCAUGUAAAGGUAUUUCCAAUUGAAAGCUUAUGGGAAUUACAGGUUUGUAAAUAUUUCUCAGUAUGUUUUCUUUAAUUUGACACUAUGUGCAUCUUAGUCACCACCCGUUUCACUCGUUUCUUAGCUUGGCUUAGGUCAUUUAUUGUGGUUUGUGUAAUAUCUUUUCCAUCAACAGGUUGCCAGUUUGGCUGCUGUGACUCUCGUAUGUUUUACGUCAAGUGCGCUAAUAGCUCUCAUUUCUAAUGUUCCUGUAAGUUUCUCUUCUGCAUUUUGUUAUUUAAUUUCAGUUAAACGUAACAUUUCUGAUUUGGUUUAACUCUUCAUUUCUUGCUGUAGGUUCUCUAUGACUACAAACCAGAUGCAUAUAAAAGAAGCACCCCGAUUCCAUUAUUUCUAUAUUAUUUUUUUGGUAAGUUUACAUACUUUCAUUGACGCUAUGUUAGCAUCUUGCUGUCGGGUUGUGCCUAAAUAUGAGAAUGUUCAGUGUGUAUAAUGCUUCAGCUGUAUUACCACUAUACGUGGUCAAUAUUUACUCUUUGCUCUAUGUUCCAUUGCAUAUUACAUGAAUGCAUUCGCACACAAAUUUAUCUUUGUUGUGAACAGUGGCACGAACCUUAGGAGGAUAUGCAGAUAAAAAGCUCAAACUCGUAUUCACAUCAUAGAUGACUGUCAUAUACAAGUAUCAGGGCCAGAAAACAAGGAAAAUGCCUUACACAUGGGAAAUCAGCAAACUAGCGAACGAACCAACAAACUAGGAAAUGGUCCAACUAAGAUCUGAACUCCUGAUUAUAUCUUCUUCCCCAUAACCGUCCCAAGGGAAUUUGAAAUUGUAUUGGAGCUUGGGUCUCUUCUGUCUUUUGACAGAAUAUGGCGUGUUAUAAUUCUAUUCUUUGAUCAGGUUCAUGAUAUUGCUCCAAAGAGUUACGUGAUAGGAAGAGCUUUGGACUUCGCUGGCCCUUUUUUGUAGAUUGUUAUGGUUAAACGUUCCUGCUAUCCUCUGUGCUACGGAUGCUCUGACGUUGAGAGUCCCAAGAAGGCUUGACGGCACUGCUAUACUUGGGUAUCUACAAGAGUCACAGCAGCCGUUGAGCACUCAAGCAGGUUUCUAGCUGGAAUAACAUAUAAUCUCCAUUGAACAUGAUAAAUUCUAUGUAUUUUUGGGUCACCGUGGUUUCUUCCAGGAUUGGACAGUUAAAAUAAAAUCCUAUCAUUACUCUCUCGUACUCUUCAUCCUGCAUACUCCUUUUAUCUCGAUCUGCCAAUGACCUCCAUUUUCUGUUAACAUAGGUUUUGGUGAUCAUCUUGGUCCUUCCUAAACUUGCACGCAUUAUUUCCUCUUGUCGCCUUUUGUUGCUUCCCAGCUUUUAUUUUCCACCAUCUCUGUCAUUGCUCUACCUCGUCGUAAGUCUUUUAGAAGUAUGGGCUUCUUAGAUAUGUACGCACCCCUGCUAAAGCUUUAGUUGCACAUAUCCUUGUACAUCAUCCUGUAGAGUUUGUACUGCUGUCUGCCUUUUCUUCUACUGGCUUCUGUUGGACGGUCUCUGGUUGUCAUUCACAAGUAGCAUUCUGCUUGCCUUUGCUCUUUAUUAUGUGGACCAAAAAAAUACUAAAAAGCAACUCCCCAUGAUCUGCUUUCCCUCGUCUCCUCUGAAAAUGGUAUUCCUUGUUGACCUCCCUGAUCCUUGUUGACCUCUUCCUCUCUCUCCCAGGGUCAACGCUGCCCUCAGUGUUCGUGCUCUGGAUAAUGCGAGAGAUGCCUCGGCAGGUAAUUGAUAGAGAGACCAGGUCAAGAGUGGUGACUUUUGUCAGGGAGAGGUCGUCUUCAAAGCAUCACCCACAACCCUGGACUAGUGCCACGACGUCCACAAACCAGGUCCGGUCCAUCGCCACUAGAACACUGAAGAUCCAUUUGGGAGUCGCUGAAAGGAUUCUGGCUGAGCGUAUCAAUCCUCGCAUGUUUGUGAACUUGUCCUCUGCAGGCCUCCAGAGCAAGCCCCAUAUGA